AUGGCGAAUGCUGGAGACAUAGUCACGGAGUCAGAAGAGAAUGCGUUCGAACAGCGAAUGAUGCAGAUAUUGAAUAACGGGGUUAUCUCACUUGGUAUAUCUAUCGGCUCUGCUUCCGGGCUUUUCGAAACAAUGGCGGAGUUGGAUGAGCCGAGAUCAUCGUCUGAAAUUGCUGAAGCAGCCUGUCUUAAGGAAAGAUACGUCAGAGAAUGGCUUGGUGCUAUGGUUACCAGUAACAUAGUGGAAGUCGACCCCGAUAGGAAUACAUAUUUCCUUCCACUUCAUAGAGCUAAGUCUUUAUCAAGAAAGAAAGGGGACGGUUCUGUAGCCACAUUUUCAGAUGGUGUUCCGUUACUAACUGGAGUUUUCCAAGACAUUUUGGAUUGUAUGAAGAAAGAUGGACCUAAAGGUGUGUCAUAUUCUAGAUAUCCAACAUACACAAAAUACUCUGAUGAAAUGGCGUCACUAAAACUCCAGAAAUUGCCGCAAGGUUAUUUAUUUACAUCGGAGGAAGUCCAAUCCAAACUAGUUCCAGGGGCUGUUGCUUGUGACGUUGGUUGUGGUAGCGGAAUACCAGUGUGUACAUUAGCACAGUUAUAUCCUGCAUGUAAAUUCUAUGGUGUUGACCUAUCCGAGAAGGCCAUUACUGCGGCUCAGAAUCGAGCACUUGAGAUGAAACUCACAAACGUCACUUUUAUCCAAUGCGAUGCAUCCAGUAUGGCGGAAGAUUGGAUUGAAAAAUUCGACAUAGUCGUCACCAUGGCUGUUGUACACGAUCUACCUCGACCUGACCUCGUUCAUCACGAGAUUAUGCGCAUAUUGAAGGAUGAUGGUAUAUACAUUAUGGAGGAUAUAGAUUGCCAUAGCAACCAUUCCGAUAAUAUUGGCAAUCCCCGUGCUGCUCUUUAUUACACUUGGAGUAUGUUUCGUUGCAUGGCAACAUCUCUGUAUUUUGACAAUAGUUUUGGUUUAGGAGCAAUGUGGGGGAAGGAACGUGCGAUAGAGUUCCUAGAAAAGAUGGGUUUAGAAUGUUUUUCGUCUUAUUCUUUAGAUAAUGUAAGCAGGAUAGUUUAUUUGUCGAAAAAGAAAAUGCUCGCUGAUUAA